CGCUUCCCGGAAAUAACUAGGCAAUAUGAAUAGUAUUAAUGUAGGAAAAUAGGAACAACGUUUCAUUGCUGUAUUGUAUAUGGCUUUGACUGAUGACCUCCGUAAUUUCUAAAAACCUGGCGACCGCUCAAAUAUUAGGACUUGUUGGUCAACUUCUGUAGUUAGCUAGUCCAAGCGAGUCCAAGUGGUUGACUUUCUCAGAGAUGAUCUUUGACAGCCGGUCCUUGUUACCGCGGUGCAUUAUGGUCCCGUACAAGAGGACUCUUGCUUGUCCUCUUGUUUGCUAGUUGCUUCCAUCCUGCUAACUUACUCAACAGUGUAUUGGGACUAAAAAAGAGCCUACUGUGUUAGUUGGGGGAAGUCGGUAGUUAGCGGCAGGUAACUGACUGGUGUUACGAGUGUCUUCGUUCACUGUCACACAUUUUAAAUAGAUAAUUAACUUAGAACACGGACUACUCCUGAUACUAACAGAUGAGAUAACUUAGUUAGCAUAGCUAACUCACAUGCAGAGCUGCACUGCACUCUUGACAACACUGUGAAGAAAGACAACAUGCAGUAUGACUAGCAGUACUGGAGGCUACGUUAACCAAUAUUUUAUCACCACUUUCAUCUUUUUACGACACACUGAUAUGCCUUCUUUCUUUGCUUAUGUAGGCUAAAGCUUCCCUUCCUUUUCUCCCCCACCGUUUGCCUGCGGUUGUAUGUUUUAUGAUCUUCUUGAAGCAGUGGAGAUGAAACUACACAGUGUACUUCUGACUGGCUGUAUGAACUGCACUAGGAUGUACCUGCCAUUUGGUGGGAACGUUUAUCCAAAGCGACUUUUUAGUUCUGUUAGUUAUUUUUCCUCAAGAAUGGGUGGGACUCAAACCCGUCUCCUUUGUGGUGCUCGUGCAGCAAUCUACCCACUGAAGUACACUGUGCCACUUGGAAACAGAGAACUGGGAUUGUACCGCAGGUGUUACGGGGGUGUUUGUUCAGAUGCACUCUGCAGUCAAACACUGCCGAUGUCCAGGUGUCAACCCACAAGAUUUCAGUCUGCUGCCCUGAGAAAGGAGACCCUGCUACAAGCAGGUGCAACAUGGCCUGUGUUGUUUAUCCGCCACAGAGUGACAGACGUUUCCAGUCUGCCUCCAGUUUUUGUAGUGAUGAAUUUUGACCAAGAGGGAAAUGUGACCUCAUUUGAGAAGAAGAAAACGGAGCUUUGCCAGGAGCUAAGUCUCCAGGCCAGAGACCUUCGCUUCCAGCACAGUACCAGCCUCAUAGCUCGAAACAACUGCAUUAUCAUAAGGAUGGAGACUUUGAAAGCCAUCGUGACUCCGCAGUCCCUGUUGGUGUUGGAUUUUCGUGGGUUUGGAUUGGAACGUUGGUUGGUACUGGAACUGGCCCCUCAGAUAGCAUCCCAGUCACACGCUCUGCCCUUUGAGUUCAGAGCACUGGAGGCCAUCCUGCAGCACAAGGUAAACACUCUACAAGCUCGGCUGAAUGAUGUUGAACCAGUAAUGUUGGACACAUUGGAAUCCCUGGUGGAUCCUAAAAUCCUUUCCGUUGAUAGAAGUAAACUCCACAUACUGCUACAGAAUAGCAAGAGCUUAUCAGAGUUGGAGACGGACAUAAAAGUCUUUAAAGACACCUUGCUGAAGAUUUUGGAUGAGGACGAGAUUAUUGAAGAACUCUGUCUAACCAAGUGGACAGACCCAAGGGUUUUUGAGGAGAGCAGCUUAGGUAUUGACCAUGCUGAGGAGAUGGAGCUUUUAUUGGAGAAUUACAUGAUGCAGGCUGAGGAGCUGGGGAACAAGACCAGAGAGCUGAAAGGCCUGAUAGAUGACUCUGAGAGUGUCAUCUUUAUCAAUCUGGACAGCCAUCGCAACGUGAUGAUGCGCUUGAAUCUGCAACUGGCGAUGGGCUCCUUCUCCCUUUCCUUAUUCGGUCUGAUAGGGGUGGCCUUUGGAAUGAAUUUGGCAUCGUCCUUUGAAGAGGACCCUCGUGUUUUCUGGCUGGUAACAGGCUUCAUGUUCUUGGGAAGCGGGCUGAUAUGGAGAAGACUGCUGUCAUUUCUGGGACGACAUCUAGAGCCUUCAGUACCCCCUCUAAUCCCUCAAGUUUGGAAGAGAAAUCUGAAAGCAUCAGACAUCAAGGCGGGAGUCAGAUGAUGUUCUACUGCCGCUCUGUAAAAUGCCAAAGACCUCCUACAGACUGCGCAGCUUUAGAGGCGAUUGUUUUACCGACCUGGACCUCUUGCAGGGCUCCUACAAGGGCCGCGAAUUUUGUGUGCUUCUGUGUCCCCAUCAUAACAUUUCUCGUACAGUGUUGGGGUUAUUUCAGAUACUUGAAUAGAUGUCACCUAAUCAUAUCAUACCUGCAUGUACAGUAUGUGGAUAAAACACAUGGUGGUAUUGCUCUGUCAGUGGUUGCUUGGGCAAGUGGAACUGAAACGGAUAAAAACCUGACUAAUAUAAUAACCGCCUUACAUGUACUUGUAUGUUGCCUCAUUUAAUAGGUGAAAAUGUAUGUUAAAAUUAUUUGAAUCUUAUUUUUUAAAUCACUGUGAACAAAAUGAAAGUCUAUUUUAAGGUUCACAGGUUAUUUACUCUAUGCUCAGUAUGUAAGUAAGAAUUUGCCUUCAUUGAGCUGACUGGUAACAGCAGGCAACAUUGUAACCUCAGUUAGACAGUAAAGACUUCCGGAAGCAUUUAUGACAUCAUCAUACAUGAUAUCAGAUCCUAAUCUUAUAUCUGAUUUGAUUGGCAACAUAGUCUGGUUGACCGGAUGUACAUUGUUGGGAUAAGGCCUGAUAUCACGCCGGAUGUCCUUCCACAACCUCUGCUAUCUCUUUUACAAGGGCUCUGUCGCUGCAUCCAGGGUACAGCAACACACCAGAACGUUUUUUUUUUUUUAUCCCUAUCCUUGAAUACUGUAGAUCAGCGGUGUAGCCGGACCAGGCUCCAGCACUGACACAGCACAAAUAUUCUUCCGUCUUAAAAAAAAAAAAACAUUUUAUUUUUGUAUUGUGUCUCACUUUGUAACUGUAAGUCAGUCUCAAAAUAUUGGCCCAGAAAUGAAAGCGUUGUGAGGAACUU